ACGCGCACAACUGCCUAAAUAUACGUGUCAAGCACCUAGCUACGUUGUAUUCAGUGAAAGAGAAUAACAGAUAAGGAAUCGAAAGAAAAAAAUAACGAAAAUAAAGGAAAACUAAAAAAAGGUUGUUUCAUCUGUGAUCCGCUCAACCUAAACAGCACUGCAAAGAUGAACGUCUUUGACCGCAACAUCAACUUUGAUGCCCUCUUUAAAUUCUCUCAAAUUUCCCGUUCUACUCAGCUGCAUCUGAAGAAUGUCUAUGCCAGCUUGGCUAUGGCUAUGUUUGUGGCAGCUGCCGGGGCCUACGUCCAUGUCGUCACCCGUCUCUUUCAGGGAGGACUGUUGUCCAUGCUUGGCUCCCUGGCAAUGAUGGGCUGGUUGGCUAUGACUCCUCACAAUCCUCAGACAGAGAAGAAGAGACUGGCCAUCCUCGCUGGCUUUGCCUUCCUCACAGGCGUUGGACUUGGCCCAGCCAUGGAUUAUGUCAUCACCAUCAACCCAAGCAUCAUCCUGACUGCUUUCCUGGGCACCUCGGUCAUCUUCGUUUGUUUCACUUUGAGUGCUCUUUAUGCCCAGCGCAGGAGCUAUCUCUUCUUGGGAGGCACCCUGAUGUCUGGUCUUUCUAUUCUUCUGCUGGUUUCCUUCCUCAACAUGUUCUUUGGCUCCAUCACACUCUUUAAGGCUCACAUGUACCUGGGUCUGGCCAUCAUGUGUGGAUUUGUUCUCUUUGAUACCCAGCUCAUCAUUGAGAAAGCAGAGAUGGGAGAUAAAGACUAUAUUUGGCACUGCGUGGACCUCUUCCUGGACUUUGUGACCAUCUUCAGAAAGCUCAUGGUGAUUCUGGCUAUGAAUGAAAAGGACAAGAAGAAAGAGAAGAAGUAAAAGAAGAUGUGAUGGCUGAAACACAACAAAAAAAGAUAAAGGAAAAAAAGAAAUAAAAAGAUGCGUGACCUGGAACUGCAUCAGAAAUUCAUCUGGUGUAUAAGUCUUAACCGCUUAAUUAAGAGUCAAAUCAUUUUGAUUUUGUACUUUGAUAUGGUGUCUUAAUUUUGUUUGAAAACUGUAAAGAUUUGGAUUUUGGUUUUGGAGUAUGGUGGACAUACAUGAUCUUAGGUGUAAUAGUGUGAAGGUCUCUGCAUUGUAGGUUUUUGAAGCCUUUUUUUUUUUUUUUUUCUUUUUUUGAAGGGACAGCGUAGUUGUCUUUUGACCCAAAAAUGGGAUUAUUUGGAUAGUUUAAUUAGUUUCAUUGUGAAAUUGUGUUUGAAGGAGUUACACUGAAAAAAAAACCCCGAGACAUAGAAUUUUACAUGCCUCUCUCUUAACCCAGGUCUCUUUCACAGGAACGCUAUGCCUCAAAUCUAUAUAAAACCUCUUUUUGUAGAUGGAGAAAAAAUAUGAACAUACAAGUAUGAGGAGAUUUGGCACUGUAAAUUCCCUUAAAUAUUUGACUGCAAUGGGUAACAGUAAAUUGAAAAAAAAAAUCAGAGCUCCAAACACAACUUCCUCUGUAAAACUUUAGUUGCCAUAGAUAGAGUUCCAUUUUUAGUGAGACUUGCUAAGGCUGCUGCACUUCCUUCCUGUGUUAUUAUCAUACGAACUUAUGAGUUCACUUAUCAAAACAAUAACUGUCACACUUGGCUGUGACUAUGAUUGUAAAAUUCAGUUGACAUAAUACAUUUCCUCUGUCAGAAAUUCCUCAUCUGCUUGGCCCAAAUGAAGGCCUUUUUCAUCAUUAUAGCGGAGCUUUAGGCUCACGCCGUUGGCCAUAUUUUUUAUUUACUAACAACUAAACUUCAAUGAAGCCAAUACGGUGUGCCACAUAAAAGACUAUUUUUAUAUACUCUCAUUAACAAUAUUAUAAUGCUAGUGUUUUGAUCAGCCCAAGAAACUUAACUUUCUCAAAGUUAACUUUCACUGAACACUUUUUCUUCUGUGGGAAGUGGCUCAAUUCUGUUCUAUUUUAGCUAGACAAUGCGAUCUAAAACAUGACUACUGUUAAUUCCUGUUGUUUUUUUUCUUGUUCUUAUUGUGUACAUUGCUUGUGUUGUCAGCUAUGCUGUUGAGAAGGUGUAAUGUUUGGAUUGAUGCGUUAUUGAGAGUUGUAAUGUACCUUUUUUUUUUUUCCUAAAUUAAUUUUGCCAUUUGCUGAGUUCAUGUUCCCCUCUCCUUGUGAAGAAUUAAUCUGCGCUCAGAGUGAAGGGAGAGAACCUGUUAUACUGUCAUCAGAUAGGAACAUGUUCAUUUGUCAUAGUUGUAUAAAUAAAGUUGAAGCGUUUUGCUGAGAACCUCUUGAUUUUCAUACACUAUAACUAUCAAGGUCGCCAGACACAGAUUGAGUGCAAGAUUGAAUUUAAAAAAGACCCUGGCUUGAAUUCAGUCAAAGCAUUUCAGACAGCAGAAACCUUUUCUUUUUAGUGAAAAGUCCUGGACUGUAACUGAUCCAGAGGCAGUAGUGGGUUUAUUUUGAAGCAAAUGAGACUGGAGCAUAUGUUCUUGUCAGUUAUUUAUGCAGAACUUGUUCAUUCUGCUGUGACAGUAUGGGAAUUAAGAGACUCACUGAACAUCUGAUUGACUGAGAUUUCAGUUUAAAUUAAACAACAAAAAGGACUAUUAUGGUAUUUUAAAUUGUCAUAUUGAUUAUCAAAGUGGUGAAGUACAUUAAGGAGUUCAUUAAGUAAGUAUUAAACAUCACCCAGGAUAACUUAUCCUCAUCUGACAGACAUGAAAGCACAAAUAGAAACUGACUAAUUAUCAACACUGUAAUACAAAGUUUUAAUGGUCUGGUACAGUCAUCCAGACAGAGAUAUACAAGCUGCGACACUGUGCCAUGAUACACUAUAGCAAAGAAUUUUCAAUUAUUUCUAGAAUCUUUGUGAACUGAAUGAAUAAUAAAAAAGAGACUCUUUACUUUGGCACUCAAUUACCCCAAAGUAAAGGAUAUUUUUUUGUUCUUAAACAUGACUAAGCAUUUGAUUUAUAGUCGGUGUUGGCUUGGUUUAGAGAUUACUGGUACUAAACUACUCUGUUGAUAUUUCCCAUAUUUAUCAUACAUGGAUUUAAGUGCCAUGGUCAAGAUUUGUUCCCAGAGAUAACCAAACCUGAUAUCUGAAGUCUUUUUAGAAUUUUACAAACGUGAUUAGGUUUCUGGAGUGAGAGAAAUACUUGAGGUUUUAGAUAAGCUUAACUCUGUAAUUCCUUCAAAUUCAGUCUACUAUUUUUUUUUCUUUUUUUUCUUGAUUGUCUCUUGUAAUACCUGGGAGCAUACACUUGCUGUGGAUUACUUUGAAUUAGAAUGUGGUCUCUGAUUUUGAAGGCAUUAUCUUGUAGAAGGGCCCCUUUUGACAGAAGUUUACCAAACCAUCAGCAAAUAAGUCUACAUCUGACCUUUUUAUGAGCAGUUCCUAUCAUUUUAAGAGAUUAUUUCCGAUUUUUCUCCAUCCUCUUUUCUCCUGGACUGUUAUUGUCAUUGUACAUAAUUAUUAUCAGAAAUUUGUUCAAAUAAACUUUGAUGAAACCA